CAGCUGCCAGUGAACAUCUCUGAUGCUAUGUCUGUGAGCAGGACUCAGGGGGACGUGGCCGUGGUCCAGGCCUCGGGGAUGCAGGUUCUGUUCAGCCCCAGUGGAGGGGUGACGGUGAGAGUCAGCGAGAGCCUGGCUAACAAGCUGUGCGCGUCCUGCGGGAACUUCAAUGGCGACGUCUCCGAUGACCUGCAGUUGCCCAGCGGGAAGGUCACAGGAAACAUUGCUGAGGUUAUUGAUGCCUGGAAGGCCAGAGACUUCUCUGGGUGUGACGUCUAAACAAAAUCCUGGCUGCUGAAGUAUCUUCCCUCCCUGGAGUGAACCCCACUGCCAUCUUAGCUAGGAAUUGCUCAUAGGGCCAUAACUGUAGCCCUCGUGACUUUCUGUGUCUU